AUGGCGUUGUGGGAAGGCAUGUGCUCGAACAUGUACUUUGCCCUUUUCAAUGGCGGGCCACAGACCUUUAUCUUCAGUUUCAUAAUUGUUUUCUUCGGCGCCAUCGCCCAAGCUGCCUCUUUGGGAGAGAUGGCUUCCAUUCAACCUGUGGCUGGCGCCCAAUAUCACUGGACAUAUUACAUGGCCCCUCCAUCUGUCAAGCGAUUUGCGACCUGGAUCCAAGGAUGGGCGACAUGGUUCGGUUACAUCUCCCUGUUGGCAGCUAUCGCCAACGUCACUAUUAUCCUCCUUGAGUCAAUGAUCAGUAUUAACCACCCCAACUAUGUUGCUGGUGGUUGGCACACAUCAGUGCUUGUAAUCGCCAUGUGUCUUGUCCACGGACUGAUGAAUGUGUACGCCUUCAAACUUAUCCCUUGGAUCGAGCUGGUCGCCGGCGUUCUCCAUGUUUGCCUGUUUGUCAUAUUCGUCGUUGUUCUCGUUGUCAUGGGCCCACGAAACCCUUCUUCCUUCUGGCUAGAGCGCAGCAUCUCAUCUGGAUGGGAAAAGAACGAGUAUGUUUCGUGGAACUUGGGUAUGCUGACUUGUGUCUGGAGUUUCACUGGUAAGUCACCUCUGUAA